AUGUUGUCCAAGUAUCGCCCUUCUUCUCCUUUUCCAUCCCCUUCUUCUUGCUUCCGCGCCUCCCCCGCCGCCGCCUCUGAUCUCUAUGAGUCCUCGCCGGCGCCGGCUCCGGCUCCUCCCACUCUUGCCACCAGCCUCUACCGGACGGGAUUGGGGCUGUUUGCUGUUACAUGGUCCCGUGACCUCCUCGGCCGAUCUUUCCACCUCCAUUUCCUGCUCGACGAUUCCAGCGCCGCCGCCGCCGGCGAGUCCUCUCCCCGGGAUUUCUACUUCUCUUCUCUCUCCGGCGCCCCGUCCUUCCAUUUCCGAAUCAAGCCCUUUAUGUUCUCGAAGAAGCAGGGAUCCAAGAAGCUCCAAAUCAGCAGUAGCGGCGGAUUAAAAAAUGCCAAUGUUUUCUGGGAUCUUUCCCGGGCCAAAUUCGGAUCGGGCCCCGAACCAGUAUCCGGGUUUUACAUCGCCGUUCUCGUCGGCGGCGAGACCGUUCUUCUAAUCGGCGAUUGCCAGAAAGAAGCUUACGCCAAAACCAGAGCUCGCCACGCCGGGAACGGCCAGGCUUUGGUGCUAAAGAGAGAGCACGUCUACGGCGGGAAACUGUACGCCACGAAAGCAAACGUGGGCGGCAAAGAGAGACGCAUCUCGAUCGAUUGCCGGGUCGCCGGAGACGACCCGGGCCUGGUUUUCUCCAUGGACGACAAAAAGGUGCUGCAAAUCAAGCACCUCAAGUGGAAAUUCAGAGGCAACGAGAGAAUCGAAGUGGAGGGUUUCCCGAUUCAGGUCUCCUGGGACGUCCACAGCUGGCUAUUCGACGACGACGAGGACGGGUACGCUCUGUUCACCUUCAAAUUCGAGAAGCAGAGCGUCGGAGAAGACGGCGGCGGCGGGGGGUUCCGCGGCAAGAUGGUCAACGGGUGCGGAUUGGGGUUCGAAACGAUGCUGAUGAAGAAGGGGUUGUUGAGGAGCUCGAGAAGCUCGUCGUCAUCAUCGCUGUCAUCCACGUCGGCGUCGUCGAGCUGUACUUCGGUGAUGGAAUGGGAGAGCGCCGAAGAGAAUGAGCUGAAGGAUCCUCCUGGAUUCUCCUUGCUGGUAUACGCUUGGAAGAGCUAG